AUGUACUCCCCAGUGAAAACUGCCAUAUUGCACAAUGAGAGGCAUGAGUCUCUACACCGUCUUUUGUUGCUCCUUGCACCACCAGCAAUUUCUCGCAAGGGAGCUCUUGCUCUCUCUUCCUCUUCGGCAGGUGUUGAUGGACUAAGGUGGUGGAUUGAUUGCCAGUGGAAUCCGACUCUUCAAUUUGAGUUAAGACUACUGCUCUUUCUGCUGGAAGAACAUGUCUACUCAGGCGAUCUAUGGUGUCUUGUAAUGGCAUACCAAAUUGAAUUCAUGCAAGGAGAAUCAUUGCACAAUUCACAACUGCCUUGCAGAGUCCUUUUUGACAGAGAAAGAGAGUUUAUGGAGGACAAGAAAGACAGAGCUCAGUUGGAAUUGUCACUUUAUUCUCAGGCCAUUGACCUCCUUCAGCUGAAGGCGGGCUCUCGUCCUGCUAGCUCGCGCCCUGUGAUUCAGCUCUCUGCAAGAGACUGGCAUCCUCUAGACAGGCUCUCUAGGGUCGGUUCUUUGGCACAUCUGAAAUGCAACGAGUGGCUAAGCAAAGUUUCAACAAGCGGAGACUCUGAUGAUGAUGAAGCUGAUAUGGGUUUUGACAGGGGUGUUGGGCCUGCCAUGGUUUAUACUGCUGAAGAAUCAACAUCCAUUGCAUCCAAGCUCAUGAUGUUAUAUAAGACUCUGGUGGUGUGUAACGCAGGUCACCGCCCUUACCAGUUGGUCAAUACAUGGGUCGAAGAAUGUACAGAGGACUUUUACAUGGACGAUCUUGCAACAGAAAGAGCUUCCUUGCAGAUCAUGAUAUUACGCGCCAAUGAUUUAUCUAAUGCUGAAGAUGAAACUAGCUUUCUUCAAGCAGAAUUGGGUCUAAUGCAAUCAAGAUUUCAUCGCGCCUAA